GAAACAUCAUUGGAUAAAGCUACCAAUGCAAAAGUGGUCUCAAAUCCAUCUUCACGUGUCCAAUGAUAUUUGGAGCUCAACAAUCCAGCCCAAGCUGACGACAUUGCUGGAGCCGUAUCCACAGGAGCUCAAGAAGAUUACAAAAGCCGUCACGACCGCCUUUCAAUAUCGCAAGAGCAGGCAUAUCUGAGACAACAAAGUUGUCGAAAAUCAUUCAAGUUUCAAGUCCCGAUUCAUCUGCAGCCUAUAUAGAUCGAGAGGCUCCCAACACCGUUGCACCUACAUCAAUAACGACGUCUUCGGACAUGGCCUCCCAGCAGCAAACGCCGAUCCUCAGGGUUGGCAUCAUCGGUUGCGGCGAGAUCACCCAGGUGGCACACAUUCCCAAUCUAAACUUCCUCUCUCAUCGCUAUCAAACCACGUACCUAUGCGACAUUUCACAACAAGCUCUCGAGCACUGCGCCCGAAAAGUGCAGGGUGGACCGCCCAAGACGACCGCUGAUGCAGCCGAACUCUGCUCUUCUCCCGAUGUGGAUGUGGUGGUCAUUGCCAACGCUGAUGCUUACCACGUCGAGCACGGCCUUCUGGCGCUCAAGAGCGACAAGUACACCCUGAUUGAGAAGCCGGCCUCUGUUUGUUUCCGGGACCUGGACAUCUUGAUUGAAGCCGAGAAGAAGUCCAAGGGGAAGGUCAUGGUUGGUACCAUGCGGCGUUUCGCCACUGCUUUCACCGACGCAGUCAAGGAAGUUGGUGGCAUGGAGAAGAUUCAGUACGCAAGAGUUAGAGACAUCAUCGGACCCAACUCAACAUUCGUCGAUCAGUCCGGCACGUUCCCGUUGAAAUUCAGCGACUACAGCGAUGCAGACACCAAAGACAGAUUGAAGCGGGAGUCGGACAUCUCUGAACAGGCUCUUGCCAAGGAGUUUGGAGUCCCCGUAAACCCUGAUUCUCAACUGAUGCUGCGACUUCUCGGAGGACUCGGAACACACGAUCUAUCUGCCAUGAGAGAGAUUAUCGGUAUGCCGAAGAGUGUUGCGGGAGCUUGUCUUACCUUCCCCGGCAUUUUCAGUGUCCUCUUCAAGUACGAUGACUUCCCCGUCACCUACGAGUCCGGCUUCAGCAAAGUUCCGCAGUUCGACGCACACAUCGAGGUGUACUCUCCCGAGAAGAUUGUCCGCGUUGAUUUCGACACGCCAUAUGUCAAGGGUCUGCCAGUCACGAUGACUAUCAGAGAACUUAUCGGGAACGAUGGCUUUCAAGAGCGCAAAGUCAGGAAGACGUACCAAGAUCCGUACACCAAUGAGUUCCUUGAGUUGUACGAUUGCGUCGUCAAUAGCAAGGCUCCCAAGACGAGUGCAGCAGAUGCCAGGAACGACAUCGAAUUGUUCAAGAUGAUUCUCCAAGCAGAUUCCAGCAGAUACCAAUAGAAGCUUGUAGUUUAAUCAAAAAGAGGCGCAAUAGCUGAAAAUUCUCC